GAUCAUCUAAAGAUUGCUGUGUUUGGACUGCACAGGUGAAAAAAUAUGGGUUCCUUGUCAACAUGUGUGUUGCUGUUGCUUUUGGCUGUCUCAACACCGGUGUUCUCACAUACAGACAGGAUCAUCGGUGGUGAAAUUGUUGAGCCGAACACCAUCAAAUAUCAGGUUUCUUUGAGGACUGAGAAUGGGGUACACUUCUGUGGAGGAGCCCUGAUACGAGCUCAGUGGGUACUUUCUGUUGCCCACUGUGAAAGAUGGAACAUGCAAGUGGUGUUAGGCGAACACGACCUGUACAGUGUGGGACCCACAGAACAGACCUUCACCAUCACACAGAUUUUUCUAAACAAUUUUGACCCUGCUACAUUUCGAAACGAUAUCAUGCUCUUAAAGUUAAACAGGAAGGCCAUACUGAAUGCCUAUGUACAGCCAAUUGCACUACCUAAUGGCAACCCUAUCCAACGUCAUAAUACUGAGUGCACAGUCAGUGGCUGGGGUGUAACUCGCUUAUACUCUUACAAACUCUCUCAAUUUCUACGUGCUGCUAAAGUGAAAGUGGUUCAGUGCCCUUUCGUCUACGUCUACUACGGCUGGACCAACUCAAAAAAUGUGUGUGCAGGAUUCACAGAUUCUCCCAAAGAUUCCUGCCGGGGUGAUUCCGGUGGCCCGCUUGUCUGCGACGGCUAUUUGGAGGGCAUUGUCUCCUGGGGUAUCGGCUGUGGAAUCAGAAGAUUCCCUGGUGUUUACACCAACAUAGAGACCUUUAUGCAAUGGAUAAGUGCUAUCAUUGAUGAUUAGCCGUUUGCUUUGCAUAGCCCUUGAAUAAAAAAAUGCCAACUUUACGGUUUAUUUGCAAUAUGAUUUUGCGGUAAGCUAUGUUUCUUGGAAAUGUUUUUGUUCAUUCAUUGCUCUCAGCUGAGAUACAGAAAUAAACCUUGGCCUUUGAUUCUAGUUAUAAUAGUAUCACAACGAGCAAAUACCGUAUGUCACAGCUAUGUUAUUUAGCAGAAUCAUCCCCAAUGAUUUGGCCAUGUGAAUUAUUUUCCUUGUAAGUUGGAUGUCUGUUUCUGCUUUGGACACUGUUCUGUCUUUACAACAGAAAAGAAAAAAGUUGCAUCAGAAAAAAUAUAUAUGUGUCUGUGGACAGUAUAUUGUCAAGAAUGUCAAUGUGGGCAUCUGGACAAGCUCUAGUUCAGUUGCAGACAUUGACCUCUCAUACAAAGAGGCUUCUUCAGUUCUGAAUAUCAUCCACCCAACAUCCACAUCCCUUUGCCUCCACACAGUCAGGGGUGUACCAAGGUUUGGUGUCUUGAGUUACUUUGGGCUAUACCACAUGAAAAAAAAGUCAGGCCCUUUCGUACACCAUCUAAAUUUUGGUAACCUUUCUAACCCUUAGAACACAGGGCGUUUAGGCUGCUUUUCCCCAUGACUAUGUUAAAACAUAUACAGAUAUAAGGAGAAGAUAGAACGUGCAAGAUGUAAGACAUAGUGUCUUACAUCCUCUUUUUCAGCACAACCCAUAGGCGAUCUGAUGAUCUUUUUUUUAACAUG